AUGCAUCCGCAUAGUCAGUUCAUUACACAUCCGUCGGGCGAAGUUACGCACUAUAUUGCCGACUGCCACGCGGAUCCAUGGAAGCCUUCUGAGACCAUCCUGUUACAGGGCGGGUUCGCCCGCCACACUGCAUUCUUUUAUCACUGGGUGCCCGCCUUGUCUCGCCACUACAAUGUAAUUCGGCGUGAUCUGCGCGGUCACGGCCUCUCGAGCGCGCCGUCUAUACGUCAGAAGCCAGAAAGCUAUAGCCUAGACAUAAUUCUGUCCGACAUUCUAGACACGCUUGACCAGCUCGGAAUCCAACGAGUCCAUUUCUUCGGCGAAAGCACCUCUGGCAUUCUCGGCGAGGUCUUUGCCGCACGUUACCCCGAGCGUGUGCUUAGUCUGACCAUCUGCUCGAGUCCAACACACUUGACCCAAGCCACGCAAAACUUCCUGGCCAUGGGGUUGACAUCCUGGCCGGAAGCAUGCCGAACGCUGGGCUCCCGUGGCUGGGCGCAAGCCCUAUCGGAACGACCAGGCACCAUGUCCUCCGACGAUGCCGCAUAUCGGAAGUGGUGGCUUGAGCAGGUCUCUGUCAACAGCGGCGAGGGACUGGCCAGCUAUGCCGAAUUCCUGUGCACGAUCGAUUCGAGACCGUCGCUGGCCAACCUGAAGAUCCCCACGUUGAUUUUGGCUCCCACCAAGAGUGCGGCGACCACGGUGGCCGCGCAGAAGGAAAUUCAGGCACAGAUUGGCGGCAAUUGCACGCUUGUUGAGAUUGAUGGGCCAGGGCAUGAAAUCUAUAUCGAAGUGGCCGAGCAGAGUAUAGCAGCAUUCUUAGACUUUCUAAGUUCCAUAGAGAAGAAGGAGUAG